CCGGCAGGUGUGUUGCUCGGCGUCCUCCGGCUUCGCCGCCCGCUCACAAUGCGUGGCCGCCGCCGCCGCCGCUGCUUCUGCGCACUGGCAAGGAGGAGACCCGGCUGGAAGGAGAAGGGGAGGCGGGGAAGGCAAGGCAAGGAGAGCGUGGGAGAAAGAGUGGCGCCUCCUCCUCCUCCUGCUGCUGCUCCUCCUGCCGCCGCCGCCGCGUACCAGCGAGUGGAGCGCAGUCGAGGUCGUCCCGCUGCCAGAAGCAGUGCGCCUUCGCUGGGCGCCUCUCUCCCUCGGGCGCCGCCGCCGCCGCGGCUCCUCCUCAGAGCAGCCCGGGGACAAAGCGGGACGCGGCGUCUCCUUGAGAGCUGGAAUGUGCACUGUUUUCCCUAUACUUUUUUAAGAAGCAAGAGGUUCAGAAGGGCAAAGCUGAAGGAUGCCGUCUGAGGUGUGCCUCAGUUUUCAAGAUAUGCUGACUGGCCAGAGGCUUUGCCAGUCUAGUUCUCAUAAUGAUGCUGUCUUGGCUGCUCUGAACCAGCAAAGAAGUGAUGGGAUCCUCUGUGAUAUAACUCUUAUAGCGGAAGAGCAGAAAUUCCAUGCCCACAAGGCAGUCCUAGCAGCUUGCAGUGACUACUUCAGAGCGAUGUUCAGCCUUUGUAUGGUUGAAAGUGGCGCAGAUGAGGUGAAUUUACAUGGCAUCACAAGCAUAGGUUUAAAGCAAGCUCUGGACUUCGCAUACACUGGACAGGUACUCUUGGAACCAGGUGUGAUUCAAGAUGUGCUUGCUGCAGGGAGCCAUCUGCAGCUGCUGGAAAUGCUUAGUUUAUGUUCUCACUAUCUUAUCCAGGAGUUAAAUAGCUUUAAUUACUUGGACCUAUAUAAACUUGCUGACCUAUUUAACCUCACUUUACUGGAAAAAGCGGUGGUUGACUUCUUGGUAAAACACCUAUCUGAGCUACAGAAGAACCACCCAGAAGAAGUCCUGACGCUACCAUACUGCCUCAUCCGAGAGGUCUUGAAGAGUGACCGACUCACGUCACUGAGCGAAGAACAAAUUUGGCAGCUAGCUGUGAGGUGGCUAGAACACAAUUGUCGUUACCAAUACAUGGAUGAACUUCUCCAGCAUGUUCGGUUUGGGCUUAUGGACGUGGACACCUUGCAUACAGUAGCCCUCUCUCACCCUCUUGUCCAAGCUAGUGAAACUGCAACAGCACUGAUCAAUGAGGCCUUGGUAUAUCACCAGAGUAUCUAUGCACAGCCAAUAUGGCAGACCAGAAGGACAAAACCUCGCUUCCAGUCAGACACUCUUUACAUCAUUGGCGGGAAGAAACGGGAGAUCUGCAAAGUUAAAGAACUUCGAUACUUCAAUCCUGUAGACCAGGAUAACGUUUAUAUAGCAGGGAUUGCAAACUGGAGUGAGCUGGCUCCCAUGCCGGUAGGAAGAAGCCACCACUGUGUUGCUGUAAUGGGAGAUUUCCUUUUCGUAGCAGGUGGCGAAGUUGAGCAUGCCACCGGCCGCACUUGUGCAGUACGGACUGCUUGUAGAUACAACCCUCGAAACAAUUCUUGGGCUGAAAUAGGUCCAAUGAAGAACUGCCGGGAACAUUUUGUGUUGGGAGCUGUGGACGAAUACCUCUAUGCAGUCGGAGGUAGAAAUGAGCUACGUCAAGUGCUGCCUACGGUGGAGCGCUACUGCCCUAAGAAGAACAAAUGGACUUUCGUUCAAUCCUUUGACAGAUCCCUUUCCUGUCAUGCGGGAUAUGUUGUGGAUGGUCUCCUUUGGAUAUCAGGAGGAGUAACAAAUACUGCACAAUAUCAGAACAGGCUAAUGGUGUAUGAUCCUUCACAAAAUAAAUGGCUUAGCCGCAGCCCCAUGUUGCAGAGAAGAGUCUACCAUUCAAUGGCAGCUGUGCAAAGGAAGCUGUAUGUUUUAGGAGGCAAUGACCUGGAUUAUAACAAUGACAGGAUUCUUGUCCGCCACAUAGAUUCCUACAAUAUAGACACUGACCAGUGGACACGCUGCAACUUCAGUCUGUUGACAGGCCAAAAUGAAUCGGGAGUUGCUGUUCACAAUGGCAGAAUAUACUUAGUUGGUGGCUACUCAUUUUGGACAAAUGAACCCUCCGCAUGUAUCCAGGUGCUGGAUGUUAGUAAGGAAGGAAAAGAAGAGGUUUUCUAUGGGCCCACCUUGCCUUUUCCUUCUAAUGGGAUAGCUGCCUGCUUCCUUCCGGCACCCUACUCAACAUGCCCCAACCUGCAGCCUUUGCAAGUGCCUCAUCACAAGAUAGGCACUAUGUGAGAAAAGGAGCGUGACUGACGAGAGAGGAAGCUUCUUCAUCCAUCCUGAUUUCAUCUUCGAAUCAACCAAAAGGGGAAGAAUUGUUCUGAAAUUCUUUAUUGUAUUAAAUGCAGUAGAAGCCAAAAAGAACACUAAUGAAAGGGGGCCAGAAUUGCACCUAGACCUUCCUACCUUCAAGCAGGGCUUGGGCAUCUUUGCUCACUAAGUAUUCUAGGAACAUUUUAUGCAGUUUAUUUGGCUUCACACUUACAAGGAUCUGCCAGGAUUACUGAUUUCCCAAAGUGCUUUGCAAAAGAGAGAGUGAUACGUCAAUGAGGAAACAUAAUACUACAUAUGCAAUUUAAUAUAUUUGGCAAAAAAGGGAUCCUUGAUUUAGUUCCAUAAGUUGUUGCUUCUAGCGCUAGGUACUGUCAAAGACGUGCAAAAAAUGAAUUUUGCUUUUUCACUUAAACAUAGAAAUUCUCAAAAUGUGGGCUACAACUGCAAUGAGUUUGGACUUCAUUAAAAAAAAGGCUGGAAAAGGACUUGAGUACUUGCUCUUGAUCUUAGAAAAACCUUGAAGUUUUAACUGCUGUGCAUUCCAACAUUUCUCAACUGCAGGUGUAAGGAGCUCUGUUAGCCUCUGAAGAACCAGAUGUUUCUUAUGACUGCCUCAUGGAGGUGAGGGUUAAAGGCUGGACUAAAAGCAAUGUAGUUAUUAAAAGUUUAUGCUGGAGAAAAGGCAGCUAGGUGGUGCUAUCAACAGAACAAAAGUGUCAUGUAGAACGGAGGAGUGAGACAGGCACAUUAAAGGUUGCUGUAACGCCUUGCUGUAGUGUUCCCUAUAGAAUUAGACCUUGAAUUGCAACUUAGACAUAGUGAAGUUUGUUCGUUAAGCUUGAGUUUGUACGUCUUUGUAUCCAAAGUGGUUUUUGAAACUACAGAACUAUUUAGUAGAAACUUUUAGGAAAGCUGUCCCCACCCCCCCAUCCUGCUUAAUUCCAAUAUCUUCAUUUGUCAAAAGCUGCAAGGAGAAUAACUCUUGUCUAGAGACCAUUCUGAGAUUUAUUUUUGCCUAUUUUAAGUUUGCCCUAAAGAGCAAUUUAAAGUAACUGAUUGAGCAUCUGGCUCUGGGCAAUUUUGCACUGCUCUAUACUAGCCUUCCCAAUUUUUAGCACUUACAGUUAACAAAAAAGGCAAGAGGGAUUUAACAACUAAAAAUGUGUAAGUAAGAGAACAUGGGAAACAGUAUUUUCAUUCACAUUAACUUGAGGAUCCUGUUGCUGGGGAAGGGUAGUAGCAACCAGCUUGAAUGUUGCAAGGCAAAGCAGUUGGCAUUAAGGUAUGCUAUGCACUGCCCCCUCCCCCAGUUUUGGAAGGGCAACUGUUACAAGAGUUUGCACU